CGCGGACAGUUGCCUGAGAAUUGCCGCCCACAGCGCUUGAUUUUGUCGCGCCGUUUUCCCCGUUAGAUUUCACCGAUUCCCAAAUACCGAUUCCCGUUUGGCCGUUUUUCAUAAUUCGUUUCUUUUUUUUUCGCUGAGAGCUGAAAUUCGCGGCGAAAUAAUUUUAGCAACUUGUUAUCCGUCCAUGCCAUGCGCGAUAAAAUAUCACAACUAUUUUGCUUGCAAAAAAACGCAUGCAAAAAUAAUUCAACAGAUAAUAGAGGACAUAAUGUGCCAACAAAAGCAACGAGCAACGGGACAAUGUGCGCCAAUGGGUCUCUUGGAACAGAAGGGCCCGAAGCGCCAGAGACCGACACAUCAGGGACCGGGCGGAUGCGGAAGCCGCUGGAGAGGAAUGGCUCAGCGCAGAACCACGCUGUUCACCUCGAGAGAAGGCUGGGCCUCUUCAGUGGGGUGGCUUUAAUUGUUGGAACUAUGAUAGGGUCUGGAAUUUUUGUGUCACCCUCCGGUUUACUGGUUCGCACUGGUUCCGUUGGAGUUAGCUUUAUAAUCUGGCUUGCCUGUGGUCUGCUCUCCCUGCUGGGCGCUCUGGCAUAUGCUGAACUUGGCACAAUGAACACUUCGUCGGGGGCGGAGUGGGCGUACUUUAUGGACGCCUAUGGACCGGCGCCGGCGUUCCUGUUCUCAUGGGUGUCGACUCUGGUGUUGAAGCCAUCUCAAAUGGCUAUAAUAUGCUUAUCAUUUGCCCAAUAUGCCGUUGAGGCUUUUAUAACGGAAUGCGAUCCGCCGAAGGGCGUUGUCAAGAUGGUUGCUUUGGUGGCAAUUGUGAUGAUCCUGUUCGUGAACUGCUACAGUGUUAACCUGGGCAUGGCCGUUCAGAAUAUAUUCACCGCCGCCAAACUGGUCGCCGUGGUGAUCGUCAUCUGCGGCGGUGCCUACAAACUGAUGCAGGGCAACACCCAGCACCUGGCGAAUGCAUUUAAUGGUCCGAUGCCUAACAUGGGCGCCAUCGCCACAGCCUUUUACACGGGCCUGUGGGCAUACGAUGGCUGGAACAAUCUGAAUUACGUCACCGAGGAGAUCAAGAACCCCAGCAAGAACCUACCCCGCUCCAUCAUUAUUGGCAUCCCCCUGGUUACCCUGUGCUAUGCCCUCAUCAAUAUCUCCUAUCUGGCGGCCAUGUCCCCGCAGGAGAUGAUCGAGUCGGAUGCGGUGGCGGUCUAUUUUGGCAAUCGCGUCCUUGGAGCACUGGCGUGGCUCAUGCCCCUCAGCGUCACCAUUAGCACCUUUGGCAGUGCCAAUGGUACGCUCUUUGCUGCCGGCCGGCUCUGUUUCGCGGCCAGCCGAGAGGGUCACCUGCUGGAUAUUCUCUCCUACGUUCAUAUACGCCGUCUAACACCUGCCCCAGGCCUGAUAUUCCACUCGCUGAUUGCCUCGGCAAUGGUGCUCCACGGCACGAUUGAUUCGCUGAUUGAUUUCUUCAGCUUCACCGCCUGGAUAUUCUACGGCGGAGCCAUGCUGGCCCUCAUCGUGAUGCGCUACACCAAGCCCAACUACCCGCGGCCCUACAAGGUGCCGAUCAUCAUUCCCGUUGUGGUCUUGGCCAUUUCUGUGUAUCUCGUGGCGGCGCCCAUAUUUGAGACGCCCCGUAUCGAGUAUCUGUACGCCAUGAUCUUUAUAUUCGCGGGCCUGAUCUUCUAUGUGCCGUUUGUUAAAUGGGGCAUGACGCCGAGAUUUAUGAAUAAAGUAACACUAUUCUUCCAGCUACUGCUGGAGGUGGUGCCCACUUCUUCGAUGGCCAUGUUCGAGUAGAAAGGACUCCAUAACCAUGGAAUGAUGAUGAUGAUGAGGAGAAGCAAAUACAUUCACUUAUUUACUAUACAAACAAGGAUAUAUGUUAGGAGUGAAGCCAGGGAUGGCGGCAAGGGAAGGAAUUUCGAUAGGGGGAUAUAUGUAUAUGUAGAAUUGAAAGGAACGAUUGAGCAACCUAUUAUGAUAUAUAUAUAUAUAUAUUGACGUUGUCGUUGACAAAAGUAAUGCUAGAGAAACAAAAAACUAUUUGAAAUAGUCUUUUUUAUGCUAUGAGCUGGUUACAUUCAUAUACAGAUACAUAGUACGUAUGUAUAUACAUAUACCUUUAUUGAUUGUGUGUAGGCCAAGUUGCAUAGUUGAUAAUACGUACUAUAGAACUAUAGAAACAUAUAUUUUUAUGUUUUAGUACCUAGAGAGAUCCCAAAAAAACAUACAAAAAAAAAAAAUCAAAUGACAAAAAACACACUCACAUACAGAGAAGACCUACAGAGAAGAAUAUCCUUGCCAAGCGGUUGGAAGUCUGACGGAGUGCUCGAGGUCGAAGGUUAAAGUACAGUGCCGCCAAAAGCACCACCAAUCAGUACAGUACCCACCUAAAAUAGGCAGCUUUCCGCAUCGAUUUGUUACUAUUAUUAUUAUUAAUAAUUUUUGAUCCUAAUCCCAAUCUCGAUACUAUAUACAAAAAAAAAAAUACCUGCGUUGAAUACGAGUUUAACGAUCUAGAGAUCGAUUUGAAUAGCAAUAUUUAUGUGUACAUUGUAUGUGACAAAGUGAUGUUUAUGCAACAAACAAAAAAAAAUCACAAGAACUACAACAACAAAAAGAAGAAAACUAUUUAAAAAAAAAGGACAAAAAACAAACCCCAACCGAAUGUUUCUAACUUUGACGCGUCAAGGAUGCGCGUUUCGAAAAUCGUAGGACUGCAAAAUAGGCAUUAAAAAUUUGUAAUUGAAUACCAAAAUUAAGGUCACUAGAAAAAAAAAAUGCAAACCAAAAAAAUAGCAAAAC